AUGGAUAAAAAGAAGGACAAGAAUUGUCUCCAAAACAUCGGUCAUUUUCAUGAUAUCGUUGGUGAAUAUGAUCGUGGCUUGGAUUACUACAAGCAAACACUAGCAAUGCAGCUCUAUCAAUCCUGUGAGGAUACUGAAACUUUUCUUGGAGAUCUUUAUCAACUCAUUAAAAAUUUGAAAAAACGCAAGGUUGAAUUUGGACCUAUGAAAACACAGGAUUCAGCUUUUAUAUUGUUAAAUGAAAUUAUGAAUUUUCGAAUUCGUAUAUUAGGUGAGAAUGAAGAUCAUCCGCACAUUGCUAUGAUCAUAGGAAGUAUGGGUGAUUUGUGUGAAGACACACAACUAUUCGUCAAAAUGGUUUAUUAUAAGCUUACCGUUACCAAAUUAGAAUUGAGUAGUGGCUCCACAGAAAUACUUGAUCGAUUAUUUCAGUAUAUCGAAAAACUUUAUUCUAUAUAUGAGCAAACAAACGACUAUGAUAAUGCACUUCAAUGCCUUAAGCGAAAGCUUCUAUUUGAAAUGCAACAUUAUCCGUCACAUCAUAUUAACAUUGUUCGUACUCUUGCUCGAAUGGGUUUUCUUUAUAGAAAAAUAGCGAAUAAUUCAUAUAUGGCUUUCAAGUGUUUUAGUCAAGCGCUUACUCUUUAUAAAAUUGUUGAAAGAGAGGAUGAUACACAGGACAUGGAAGAUAAUCUAACUGAGCAAGUUAUGUGCGAACUCAUGAAUAUGCGAAACUCCAUAUCAUAG